ACGCGCGCGGCCGGUUCUGGUACAGGGUUGUGCAGUGCUCAGCUGACCGGCAGCUGUGGUGGCACGGUGCACGGCUUACGGCGUUGGGGCAGGUUGCAGCAGCUCUUGGCACGCCGCCCGCUGCGUGAUUAACUGAGUGUGACAAUGAAUGAGAAGGACGAUGCUGCUACCUUGCCUCAUCCAAGAAGUUCUGCAAGCCCGCUGUCAGCCAUCACAUUCUGGUGGACUCUACCAAUUUUCAAAACUGGCUUAAAGAGGGACUUCGAAGUAGAAGAUUUGUAUGCGCCCCUGAAAGAGCACAAGUCAUCCUCACUGGGAGAAAGAUUUGAAAGGCUGUGGAAACAAGAAUGCAAAAAAUCAGCAAAAAAUGAAAAGGACCCCAGCUAUGUACGUGUUAUGCUCAGUGCAUAUGGUUGGAGAUACAUGAUGUAUGGAGUAAUCCGAGCAACUCUUGAACUAUUUGUCCGGGUGGCACAGCCACUCUUUCUUGGUCUUCUGUUGCAGUAUUUCACUCCGGGAAGUCAGAUACCAAUAUCUGAUGCUUACUUGUAUGCAACAGCAGUGAUAAUGUGCUCCUUGGUGACUGCUUUGGUACUACAUCCAUAUAUGAUGGCAAUGUUCCAUUUAGGCCUAAAGAUGAGGGUUGCGAGUUGUUCACUUAUUUACAGAAAGGCACUGAGGCUUAGUAAGACAGCACUGGCACAAACAACUGUGGGACAAGUGGUCAAUCUGAUGGCUAAUGAUGUGCACAGAUUUGAUUUUAUGUUCAUCUUCGGUCACUAUCUGUGGCUUGGGCCUCUAGAAACAGCUGUUGUAACAUAUUUCAUAUGGACUAGAAUUGGUAUUGCUGCCUUUGGUGGUAUUCUUUGCAUGUUGCUAUUCAUUCCCUUUCAAGGGUAUCUUGGAAGAUUGACAUCAAAAUUUCGAUACAAAACAGCUCUUCGCACAGAUGAUAGAGUCCGCAUCAUGAAUGAGAUAAUUUCUGGAAUUCAGGUUAUCAAGAUGUAUGCAUGGGAAAAGUCUUUCACAAAUUUAGUUGCUGCUGCACGCAGGAAAGAAAUGAAUGCUAUAAAAUCUAUGCAGUACAUUCGAGCUAUUACAUUCUCAAUGGGUGUUUUUAUUACUAGACUAUCUACAUUUGUGAGCAUUGUAAUAUAUGUAAUGAUGGGAGAAGAUGUGACAGCGGAAAAGGUUUUUGUUGUAGCAGCAUAUUACAACCUCAUGAAACACACGAUGAGUGAAUCUUUCCCUAAAGCAAUCACUGCUGUAGCUGAGGGUCUGAUUUCUGGCAGACGUAUUGAGAAAUUCCUCAGAUAUGAGGAAAUAAAGACUGUGAACAUGGGUGCUGUUCAUGAAAAUGGCAUUAUCCUUCUGAAGGAUGAAAAGGAACAAAUUCAGAAAGAAAAUCCAGUUGUUAAAUUAGAAGAUGCAACUGCAAAAUGGCAGGAUGAUGCACCAGACAAUACUUUGAAGAAUGUGUCUCUAGAAGUUGUCCCAGGAAAGCUGCUUGCUGUUAUUGGGCCUGUGGGUGCAGGGAAGUCAUCUUUAUUACAAACCAUUCUUGGUGAGCUGCCACUGACCUCAGGAAGAUUGAUUGUAAGAGGGAAAACAUCAUACGCAUCACAGGAACCUUGGUUAUUUGCGGGAUCUCUGCGUCAGAACAUACUGUUUGGUGAACCAUAUGACAGAGUGUGGUAUAAGCGUGUAAUAAAAGCUUGUGCAUUGGAAGAAGACUUUGCCUCAUUUCCACAUAGUGAUAAGACACUUGUUGGAGAUAGAGGAAUCAUGUUAAGUGGAGGACAAAAAGCCCGUGUCAAUCUUGCCAGGGCAGUAUAUCGGAGGGCAGACAUUUACCUUCUUGACGAUCCGCUUUCGGCAGUUGAUCCCCACGUAGCAAGACAUCUGUUUGAUGAGUGUAUUGUAGGGCUGCUUAGAAAUAGCAUAUGUGUUCUGGUCACUCAUCAAAUCCAGUUUCUUCAUCAUGUUGAUGAAAUAGUUAUUCUUAAUGAGGGUGUAGUUGAAGCAAAAGGCAGUUACUCUGAGCUUCAGCGGUCUGGUCUAGACUUUGCUAAACUUAUGAAUUCUGACGAGGGAAUUGCAGGCACUGCAGGAGAUGGUGACUCUGAGGAAGCUGUAGAGAAAUCAAAUCUCAUUGAGCGGACAGUAUCGGUAGAAGAAAACUCAGCACCACGGCAAGAAGCAGAACUGAGAACAUCUGGUGGUGUCAAGAAAGCUGUUUACUAUGCAUAUUUUUCUUAUGGUGGCAACUAUUGCCUGCAGUUAUUCGUGGCCAUUGUAUUUAUCCUAACACCUGUCUCUGUCCUGGGUGGUGAUUACUGGCUAUCUUACUGGGCCAAUUCAGAGGAAGUGCUACAAAGCCUAUCCCAGGAAAAUAAAACUAGUUUGGCUUUGUAUAAUGAGACGGAGCCAGACCUUUCACAGCAUGGCUGGCUACCAAGCAGAGACACAAGUGUGUACAUAUAUAGUGCAAUAAUAGGUGCUACAAUUCUGAUAACAAUACUUCGUUCUAUAUCAUUUUUUAUUCUUUGCAUACGUGCAUCCAUGAGGCUUCACAAUCAAAUGUUUAUUGGAGUUACACGAGCAACUAUGCAUUUCUUCAACAAUAAUCCAUCAGGUCGAAUACUCAACAGGUUUUCGAAGGACAUAGGGAAUGUAGAUGAAGUUCUUCCUAUUACAAUUGUGGACUGUUUUCAGAUAAUCCUCACACUUGUAGGGACAAUCAUCAUAGUAGCUGUUGUUAAUUAUUGGACACUGAUACCAACUAUAGUGCUGGCUGGUGUCUUCUGGUUGAUUCGGACAAUAUUCCUCAGUGCAUCACGCAGCCUGAAGCGUCUAGAAUCAAUAACUCGCAGUCCAGUUUUUUCUCAUACCAAUGCAUCACUGCAAGGUCUAUCCACUAUACGUGCAUUUCGUGCACAGCAAAUGCUCGAAACAGAAUUUGAUCGUACUCAGGAUAUAAAUUCUUCUGCUUUCUACGUAUUUAUGGCUAUCAGUAGAGCAUUUGGUCUAUGGUUGGAUUUGGUUUGUGUUGCUUAUCUUGCUGUUGUUGCUUACAGCUUUCUAAUUCUGGGACAAGAUGUGUUUGGAGGGAGUGUGGGUUUGGCAAUCACACAGUCUCUCAAUUUGAUGGGCAUGUUCCAAUGGGGUAUCCGUCAAUCAGCUGAACUCAUAAACCAGAUGACUGGUGUAGAACGUGUUCUAGAAUUUGCCGAUUUAAAGCCUGAACCAUCACUAGAAUCAUCUGAUGGUAAAAAACCACCACCCAACUGGCCAUCAGCAGGACAGAUAAAAUUUAAACAUGUGUUCCUGAAGUAUAAUGAAAAUGAACCACCUGUGCUGAAAAAUUUAAAUUUUACUGUAAUGCCACGAGAAAAGGUUGGCAUAGUUGGUCGAACAGGAGCAGGCAAAUCAUCUCUCAUGGCUGCACUCUUUAGACUAGCAAACAUUGAAGGAGAAAUUUUAAUAGAUAACAUAGACACAAGCACUAUAGGCCUGCACGAUUUCCGUCCUAAGAUAUCGAUAAUUCCUCAAGAGCCAGUGCUCUUUUCUGGAUCUCUUCGUAAGAACCUGGAUCCAUUUGAUGAGUUCCCAGAUUCUGAAUUGUGGCUUGCACUGGAAGCAGUAGAGCUGAAAGAUGUAGUGAACGAAACACCAGCAGGCCUUAAUUAUCUAAUAACUGAGGCUGGAUCAAAUUUCAGUGUUGGACAGAGGCAGCUGAUAUGCUUAGCCAGAGCAGUUAUUCGCAAAAAUAAAAUACUUGUUCUUGAUGAAGCUACAGCUAAUGUGGAUCCUGUGACUGAUGCACUUAUCCAGCAGACAGUUCGUCAGAGGUUUAGUGAUUGCACUGUUCUUACAAUCGCUCAUAGACUACAUACCAUUAUGGAUAGUGAUAAGGUCCUAGUUAUGGAUGGUGGCAAUCUCAAGGAAUUUGACCAUCCACACAUACUACUCAGUGACAACAACAGUAUAUUUUGCAGUAUGGUUGAACAGACUGGAAAGGCAGCAGCAGAAGAACUGAGAGCAAUAGCAGAAGAAUCUUACAGAAGUAGAACACACAAAAAGUCAUCUUGAGGAUAAAAAAAGACAAGAAGUCAGAGGAAAAAUACAGAUGACGGUGAUGAUUUCAAAGUGCUAAAUCGUGCCACUGUAAUGUUUCCAGCUGCAGUGCAUGGCAGGGCAGGACAGAGAAGGCAACAGUCAAAGAAAUCAGCACAAGAAAAGGCAGUGAACCAUCAUUCACUUUCUCAUUUCGUGUAUCAUCUCAUACUAUUUAUUUUAUUCCAUAUAUUCUUUUAAUGCAUUGUCAUGUUUUAUAUGUAGUCAGUUGAAUGUUUGUAUUUGUGUGAAAUAAGUCGUGCAUGAAGACGAAGCAGAUGAAAAUGUUAUAUCUAAAGCUAUAUUUUAAUUGCAAGACACCAUUUACAGAGUGACGACUUGGUGCUAAAUGCUGUAAAGGAAAAAAUGUAUACUUCCUGAGACAUCCAGAGAACCUUUUUUUAACUAAAUGAUUACUUUGUGAAAAUAAUAAAACAUAAAAUGUGAAACUUA